CGUACGUCGACGGUGACGGUCACUCGGUGUGAAGGUGGUCAGCAGGACCUUAGAGACCCCCCUCCUCCUCCUCCUCGCCUCUUCUGGCACGUGUGUGUUCCGGUAGUGCAGUUCCGAGGAACCGCCGCGGUCGAUCAGUGAGUUCUUGACGGUCGAAGCGUUGACAUCGGGUCUGUCUGUCUGUGGUGAUCGAGAAUUUCGCGAAACUUGCACCGCCAAGCAGAUCUGAAACACGGACUGCUCCUGUCAACGGGGGCCUCUAGGGUUUCAUUCAUUGAAUUUGCGCGCGCCCGAUUCAUUCACAGGCCACAGGUUGUUCUGGAAUGGGCCGGUAUUGCUGCGCUUUGCACAAGUUUUCAAUUACCGGUGAAGGAAUUCGUCCGCGGCCAAGUCCGGCCAAGUCUUCAAGCUGCAUCGCGCGCUUGGGAACGAAGAUCUAAGCUCGGAGAACCAGGUGCCAUAUGUGUGUUUGCCGGUCGGGUUUGUGGUGGUAUGAUCGAAAACCCCGUGAUGAAUAUUCAUGGAAAUUGAUUUUCGACUUUCGGCCAACCUGUUUCACGGGGCCUCUCCGUUUGCAAUAGAGUGUACGGUGUAGACCGGUGCGACGAUCGCGCGCUACGUUCUUGAAUUUCGGCCCGCCCGAAGAAACAGCUCUUCGUUAGCACUCGACGAUUAAUUUCACCCAAAAAAAAAAAAAAAAAAGAAAAAGAAAAACGAGAGUACGCAUCAACACCUCGACGCGAACGCACGCGCUAACGAAACACGCGUUUUUAAAUUGUUUAUCAAAAAAGGAUAACACUUGACAUUUAAACGAGAUUGUGGUUAGAUCAAAACGAAGCGACUUUUUUUGUGUUAAUGUUUGUGUAAGUGUGUGUUUAUUUGUUUGUGGUGGCGGCGACACUGGUAGAAUAAGUUAAGCAGGCAGUAGAAGAAAUCAAAAGUGCCUUCGUGCGUUUUUCGCGUGUUGUUUCAAUUCAAGAAUCGGUGAACAACUGAAUCAAAGUGUGACAAAAAAAAAGAAGAAAAAGCAAAUAAAACCAUUUCAAUCGGAAGAACCAGGUCAUUUACUGUGGUGCAUUUUGUGUGGCAGUGCGUGAAAAUUGUGCAGCGAAAAUUUAAAUUUGAGAAAAAAAAACGUACACAAGAAGAGUUUCGAAGCAAAUAUUUGCCAAGUGGUCAGGUUUUUUUUUCGGGUUGUACGUAACCUUGCGAGUAGAGAAGUAAGUUUUGGCGCGCGAGCAGAGUAAUUCCAAGCAAAGAAGAGAGAGAAAAAUAAAGAGUUUGUUGCGAUUUUAUUGUUGACGGAAGUGGACGAGCGCGGUUGAGCAGUUUCCGGUUUUUGUUCUGAGAGACUCUGCAGCACAUCACGCGAGAGAUUUUCCCGGCAGUUCAGUUUGCUCCAGCCGCUUGAUGCAUUGACACGUGGUGCGUCGUGCGUGAGUCCGCGUGGUCUCGUCCCACUCGAUCCCCCUUCAUCCCACAAGGAUCACCCACGUGCCACAGGUGGAAUCUCUGCCGCGGGUGCGCGGGCCCGCAUCAUCCCUCGUACGAGCUUCGACUUUGAGGACCCUGGCGGUGGUGACCUCCGUGGAGGUGGUGGCCAGGGUGGUGGUGGUGGUGAAUCGGCAGAAGCAUCAGGUCGAACCGCAGCGGAAUCCACGUGGUGGUGGCCGGCCCGAAUCAUGACGACCCGGUGGUCCUCGCCCAAGUGUAGGAUCUACAGUGGGAUCGUGGUCGCGGUGCUGAUCAUCCUGACGCUGAUCGUAACGCUGAUGCACCAGAGCAGCGUGAAUCGGCAGCCACAGCCCCACUUGGGGACGUUGGUCGGGGUGGUGCACGGUGGGGAUCAGAAUAGUGAGCGGGAUGCGGGUGGUGCAGUGACGGGAAGUGACAGUGACGGGGGAAGGACAAGUGGGACAAGUACGCCGGGGAAGGGUGGCGGCGGCGGAGAAGGUUCGAUCGUGGACGGAGAAGUAGUGGAUAGCAACCGGAUAUCAGACGAUUCCAACAACAUAGGCCGGCCGCUGGACGGCGAUAGUCCGGCAUCGGGCAACGGGACGCAGCCGCGGGCCGGCUUUCCCGUGGACGACGAAAUCCCGCGGUUGCACGACCCGGACAAGGCCGAGAUCGCGUUCAUCAAGCCGAAGAAGAUCCUCGGCAAGCCGCUGCACGCCACGGACGUCCUGUACGAGGGCAAGAUCAUCGACACUGAUGGCACCGGUGGCCAGCACGCGCCCAAGUCCCACUGGACGGGCCUGUUCCGCAAUCGGUCCUCGCGCAUCUGGGACCCCAACCCGGAGUACGACAUCGACGCGUUUGGCCUCAGCAUGCGCAUCAAUUUGUUCCACGAUCGGGGCGUAAUGGCGGACGGUUUAAAGGAAACACACGUGUGGCCGAACAAAACCCUCCGGAAGCAGGACGACUCGGAGGAUGCAGGAGGCCAGGGCUGCUACUACAAGGGACACGUCGAGAACGACGAAAAGUCCCUGGUUGUGGUGUCGCUCUGCGACGGAAUUAAAGGACACAUUCGCACCUCGAACGGAUCGUUCUUCAUUGAGCCCCGGGAACAGUACACCAACGAGGGUACCAACAUUUGGCACGCGCUCUGGCGGAUACGAGGUCCCACCCAUGACGAGAGUAGUACAGUGGACGAACCGACCGCGGGAUCGGCCAAGGAUGACGGCAGCAAUUGUGCCCUCGAUACGAAGCAAGAAGAACAACACAACAAGCAGCUGGAGCAGCUGACCAACGGCGUUGGACUCACCCAUCACAGUCGGGCCAAGCGCAGUACGGCACACAUCGCCAACAACGAGUACACGAUCGAGGUCCUGGUCGCCGUCGACAAGAAGAUGCAGGAGUACCACCGGGAUACGCUCAAGUCGUACGUGCUGACGCUGAUGUCGAUCGUCUCCAGCAUUUACGCCGAUGCCAGCAUUGGGAAUUCAAUUAAGAUAGCCGUGGUGCAUAUUCUGUACCUCCACCAGGAUCUGGCCGCCAGCAGCAAGCUCGAUCAAAACGGCAGCAAAGGCGUUUCCGCGUCCGAGAUGCUGCAGGCGUUCUGCAAGCUGAAGGCGGCUUCCAACUUCCACCACGAUACGGCGUUUCUGCUGACGCGGGAGCAAAUCUGCCGCCACCAGUCCAAGUGUGACACGUUGGGGCUGGCCGAGCUCGGCACCAUGUGCAAGCGGUCCUCGUGUGCGAUCGUCCAGGACAACGGGCUGUCGGCGGCGUUCACGAUCGCGCACGAGCUGGGACACGUACUCAGCAUGCCCCACGACGACGACGUCCGAUGCAUCCCGUUCCGGGGUGAAGGCAGCGGCAAGCAGAACAUCAUGUCCCGAAUGCUGGACCAGAACACCCAUCCGUGGUCGUGGUCCAACUGUUCGCGGAACUUCGUCACCGAGUACCUGGAACAAAACCACGCCGCCUGCAUGCUGGACAAACCGACGACCGACCUGAUCGAGCCGUCCUCGUCGCACACGAAGCUGGCCGGCGAAAAGUUCACCAACAACCAGCAGUGCGAGCUGGUGUUCGGCAACGGGUCGCGCAUCUGCUCGUACAUGCCCGUCUGCGAGCGGCUCUGGUGCAACAACGGCGACGAGCUGCUCGGCUGCCGGACGCAGCACAUGCCCUGGGCCGAUGGGACCAGCUGCGGCGAGAACCAGUGGUGCCAGAAGGGCCAGUGUGUGCACGUGAACCGGAAGGCGCUGCAGCCGCAGGACGGCGGCUGGGGCCAGUGGAGUCCGUUCAGCGAAUGCAGUCGAAGUUGUGGCACCGGGGUUCAGAUUUCGACGCGCGUCUGUGACUCACCACCGCCGGCCAAUGGCGGGAAGUACUGCAUCGGAAUGCGGAUGCAGUACCGAUCAUGUAGCACGCACGAGUGUCCAAACAGUGCGCUGGACUACCGGGAGGAGCAGUGCCAGGAGCUGGACGGAAACAACUUUGAAAUUCCCGGCCUGGAGAAGAACGUCAAGUGGGUUCCGAAGUACGGCGUCAAGUCCGAAGAUCAGUGCAAGUUGUACUGCCGGGUUAAGAACUCCAACAACUACUUCCUGCUGCGGGACAAGGUCAAGGAUGGGACCGCCUGUGCCCAUCCGCACGAGUCGUACGACAUGUGCAUCAAUGGGCACUGCCGGAAGGCGGGUUGCGAUUACGUGUUCGAAUCGGAUGCCAAGCUGGACAAGUGUGGCGUCUGUCGCGGUAGCAACGAUACCUGCAGCGACGUCAACGGGGUGUUCCCGCACAGCAACAUUCACUACAUGAAGAAGACGUUUGGGUACGUGCAGAAGAUCGUGCGAAUUCCUCGUGGCGCAACGAAUAUUGUGCUGAUCCAACGAGGAUACAAGGAUGACGGGAACUACUUGGCUCUGCGCGACGAAGACAACGAGUACAUCUUCAACCCGCCCAAGAUCCCGAUCAUACCGGGCUUGAAGAAGCGCCUCUUUGCCGGCGUCAUGCUCGAAUACAAUGGUCCGGACGAGCCGAUCGAGACCAUCCAGUCGGACUUUGGACGGCCACUGAAGCGGGACCUGAUCGUGGAGAUUUACUCGCACAACAAGAUGCGCCCCGUCAGCGAGAACAUUGUCGAGUACAGCUUUACGAUUCCGAUUGAUCGAUACCAGCCGCAGCAGCAGGUGCAACAAGUGUCCAAGGCGACGCCGAUUUAUACGCCACAGUACCCUAGUCAGAACAGCAUUCCAAACUACCAGUGGAAGAUGUCCGACUGGAGCGAGUGCGAUCAAAGCUGCUACGGACGCCGGCACCGAACGGCUGGAUGUUACGACAUCGAAACGGGCAAGGAAAAGUCAGGUUCAUUCUGCAGAAACAGUGCAAAACCUCAGCAAGACAACGAACCGUGCAACAUGGAGUGCAAGUUUGAGUGGGAACCGCUAAGUUCCGAAUGCUCCAACAGCUGCGGCGAGGGCGUCAAACACAUCAAGUACCAGUGCAUCCAGCGGUUCCUCAAGUCCCAGCAGACGAACCCCGUCGACUCGACGUUCUGCUCGAACAUCCCCACACCCCGAACGAUGGAAAAAUGCCACGGAACGUGUCCGGAUGCGACCUGGAGCUACGGCGACUGGGAUCUGUGUUCCCGCACGUGUGGUGGUGGCCGUCAGAACCGCUCCGUUGCCUGUCUGUCCGCGCCGAACGGGUCGUCGAUCGCCGAGAGCUUCUGCGCCAAGCUGCCGCGGGAGGAAACGUACCGGGCCUGCAAUACCGACAGCUGCCCCGAGUGGCUCACAGGAGAACUGACACCGUGUUCGGUGACCUGUGGAGAAGGCCAACAGCGGUAUGCUAUCCACUGUGUACUAAACAAUGUAAGCGUUAACGCGGCUUUAUGUGGCACCCGGCCGGUGGCCGUGCUCGUCAACUGUACCAUGCCACCCUGCGAGAAGAAGCAAGAAUCCACGUACGCUUACUCGGGCGAGGAAACCAGGCCCUCGGUCAUCCGGCAUUCCGACAACAACCAUGAGUACGCAUCCCGCAAUGACAUCAGCUUCAGCAACGCGUCGCAAUCCCUGCAGCAGCCCCAUCCGUACAAGUGGUGCAAGGGCGUUUGGACGCCGUGUAACGCCAAGUGUAACGGGGGCACGCGCUGGCGUAAGGUGCAGUGCUGUCACACCGACAACGAGUCCGCCACCGUGCACGAUCGGUACUGUCACCACGAGAAAAAACCAAUGGAGAAGACCAACUGCGGCAACUUCCGGUGCCCGCAGUGGAACUUUGGCCAGUGGGGCGAGUGCAAUGACGAUUGCAAGCGCUACCGCCAGGUGCUCUGCCAAGACCACCGCGGCAAGGAAAGUAACGAGUGUCCCCUGAACCAGAAACCACCCGAGGUGGAGUCGUGUUGCCACUUCCGAUGGAGGAUUACUAACUGGAAGCCUUGUAAUGUGACGUGCGGUGGUGGCGACGGUUACCGUACCGGCGAGCGUGUCUGUAUGCGUCUGUUCCCGAAGUCCGCCGACAAUCCGCACCCGGUCAAAACGGGCCGCAAGGUCGACGCCAAGAACUGUGCCCACGUCAAGAUCCCCCCGGCCAAGAAGCUGGUCCGCAAGUGCAAACCCUGCCAGUUCCGGUGGGAGGUUUCCCCGUGGUCAAAGUGUUCGGUCGGCUGUGGGGUCGGUCUGGCGACGCGCAACGUGACCUGUAGCAACGGUCGCACCACCGCCGCGGCAAGCGUUUGCGACGCCAAGCACAAGCCGAGCAACGUGAAACCUUGUGAAACGUACACCUCCUGCCGCUGGAGCACUGGACGAUGGAACAGAUGCAAGUGCGACGGCUUCCAGCGCCGGUCGGUCAAGUGCUACGAUGAGAUCACCAAGACGGAGUCGAUCCGCUGCCCGGAGACGCGCCCCUACCAGAAGCGCAAGUGCGAACCGGCCCAGGACUGCCGCCAACGGUACAGCAAGUCGGUCGCGUUCAGCUGUGCGGACGUGCAGCGCAUCCGGCGGACGCGUGCCGACGGCGAGUACACGCUGAGCGUGCAGGGCCGCCCGGUGUCGGUGUACUGCCACAACAUGACGAGCAACGCGCCGGCCGAGUACGUGACGCUCAAGUCGGGCCUGGUCGAAAACUACGCCAUCUACAUCAACCGGCGGGCGGCGAACGCCGGCGUUUGCGCGCCCUCGUCCGCGGACUGGGUCGACGAGAGCAUCAGCUACGGCGCGACGCACUACCGCAAGAUCCGGCUCAACAUCGGGACGCUGCAGGUCGUCGAGGACGACCACCGGUUCACCGAUCGGUCCGGCCAACCGCAGGCGUUCGGUUCGGCGGGCGACUGCUACAGCAACACCGGCCUCUGCCCGCAGGGUGACUUCUCGAUCAACCUGGAGGGGACGCCGUUCCGGAUACGACCCCGCACCCAGUGGGAAACCAAGGGCCAGAACGCGGUCAUACACUUUUUGAUACGGUUGGAAGCACCGUACAAAAAGGUUCGGGCACGUUGCGGCGGCUACUGCGGCACCUGUUCGGUGUCCCGCAGUGGAUUGUUCCUAGAGUUGGAGUAAGACUAAGUGAUCAUCAACCGCGCAAAACGCACACCACGGACGAGGUCAUUUUUGCGUUUGCUAAUAAAACGCAAUUUGAAAAAAAAUGAACCUAACAGAGCUGCCACUGACAAAACACUAGGUGCCAACAAAACUCACACACACACACACACAUUUAGAUUAGUUUAAUAAGAAGCCCUGAAAAGUAUUUAUUUGAACUUUACGAUAGCCCUAACGGGGGUUUCGCCGAACACUAUAGUCGUGCUUCAAGUGUAGAAACAGCAUAUUUUCUAGAACUAAAUGCUCUGGGAAAGAAUUACCCUUAAGAAAGCAUGGAUUGCGGGAGCCACGGCGAAGUGGAUCGACCGUCGCUGCCAAUCGAAUAGCAACUAAAGACUGACCGAGAAAGGAAUCAUAAUUUGUAACGAGUAAUUUAUUGCUAUAGGUGCAGGCAGGCAGACAGGUUCGGUCCACUUCCAGUUCGCUUCCGGUCCCCGAUUGUGUCCCGUGGUUCAGUUUUAUUGAGCCGAAGUGAGCAAUCCGGCAGCUUUUGAUAUUACUUUUGGUGUCUCUAUAAUCGGCUAGCAUUAACCGCAACAUACUUCCGUGUGCUUCCAUUUUAGUUAGUUGCACGUGCUUGCAGUUUCCAUUGUUCCAAUUUUCUGUUGACUAUUUUUUCAAACGGUGCCUCGAACAUAACUAUAACUAAAGUGCUUUCCAACGUGACGUUUUUUAGAAGUUUACCAAAGUACAAAAUUUCUGUAAUCUCAAACUUUAGGUGCGACGAAAAUACUCAAAUUUAGCAAUACGAACACGAAAACACUUCACACACACACACGCCCUACUUAACCUUAUAUUGAAAUUAGUAUUAUACGUCAACUCCGGAAGUCGAUCGAUUAUUCUAAAAUACGCUAGUAUAGAACAAUUUUCUGAAUCCGGCUAAAAACGAAUCCGUGCACUAAACGAUGAAUGAGUCCCCUUUGUGCGAACAAACAGGUCCGUUAUUCAAAACCAAAAAUUGUGAACAACUUUCUUAACAAACCUAAAACUAUUUUCCAUCCGAAUUAAAAAAAAACACACAAAUCUUAAACUAGUGAAAAUUGGAGCUUAGGAUUUAGAGAAGGAAUCUACUACUUUUAAACGACAAUCUGCCACCGUCAACAAACGUCAACUUAAGAGCAACAACAAAAAGUACCAACAAGGAAGCCGCAAACUGCCAUACUUAGCUGUAGUUUAUAUUAUUUUCGUUCUCUUAAACAAAAAACAAAGUUUUAAUGUGUUUGUAAAAUUUGAAAAAUCCACAAACGUUUAGAGCAAACUACUGUGUAGCCCGCGCGCAGCAGCGAUCGGAAAAAAGUAUUAUUUAAUUGCAAGAAGAAGAAGAAAAAAAAUGAGGGGCAAAACCAAACUGCAUUUGUAGCCACCCGGCAUACUGUAGAAAAGGAAAAACAAACGUCUAGAAUAAACCAAUUCAUGCAAUCACUUCUCGAGCCCAGAACCGCGUUUGCUGGAGUCAAAGUCAAACUGCCAAGUGAUUAUAGGAUUCGUAAACCGCACGCGCUUUACAGUUGGUCCCUUUUUUAUGUACAUAUUUUAACUCCUAAAUGAUAAUUCAAUUGGAUAUACGCUUAAUACGAUUUGUUUUACUGUUCAAAAAUUGCAAACCUUCAUUCGAUGCGGUUGUAAGAAAAAAAAACGGAACUUUUUACACAUGUUUUUGAGAAGAAACAACACUUUAAUAAAACAAAAACUAUUAUUUAUUACAAGUUGCAAACAUUAAACAUAGCUGUAAGCUCGAACACGUAAGACCCCAAACCGCAAUGUACUACUCUAACGUGCCGAUACUCCCACUCAACAAAUGCAUUUGUGUAAAGAAAAAAAAACCGUAACAUUUAAUUUUGCCACAUACCUUACAACCAAUACAACCUACAAAACUCAGAAAGCAAGAAUGUUCAAACCUUGUACCGCCGCCUUAAACAAUAUAAAAUAGGAAAUGCUAAAUGUUUUGUAGCAAUUUACGAGAAACAUUUUCUUUACAGUAACAAAUAAAACGAUCUGUACAGGCACGUUCAAAAUUACUCAGCUUUCGUCAAAAUCGAACAAGUUUUCAUAGUAUUCUGAGUGAAAUUUACUCAAAUCUUCCGGAAGCCCCCUUUACUCAUUUCUGAGUAGGUUCAAUUUUAAGGAAAACUGAGUGAUUUUGAACGUGUGUGUAGUCAUUUGAACAAGA